CUCCACCCCAGGGCCUGGGGAGGAGGAAUCCUCAGGCGUUCCUAUUUGUCAGGGUGCUUAUAGCAAUGGGUAACAAAGUUUCAACUCAAGCCAGCUGAAGAAGUCAAGUCUUUGGCUCACUGGUCCAGAAACCUCUGGAAUCAGGUCCGGCUGGAGCUGACCAGUUAGAGUCUGACCAGGGUGCUGGUCAUGUCUCUGGGAUUUUCUCCAUGGCUAGAUGGGAGGGCUGGUGACAGCCCCGCAGUGUCUCCUGGAGCCAGGAAGGCUGGUAGUCCCACAAGCUGCAGCUGAAGCUCGCUCGCUCCUGGAAGAGCUGCCAUGUUCGGACCCAUGUCCUCCUCUCCACCACCCCCACGGAGGAGGAACUCAGUGUAACAGGAGCCGGAAUGGCACAGGAAUUGAGCGGCCAUGGCCUACCACAGCUUCCUGGUGGAACCCAUCAGCUGCCACGCCUGGAACAAGGACCGCACCCCCUUCUCUCCUGCAGAGAUUGCCAUCUGCCCCAACAACCACGAGGUGCACAUCUAUGAGAAGAGCGGGACCAAGUGGGUCAAGGUGCAUGAGCUCAAGGAGCACAAUGGGCAGGUGACAGGCAUCGAUUGGGCCCCCGAGAGUAACCGAAUCGUGACCUGUGGCACAGACCGCAAUGCCUACGUGUGGACGCUCAAGGGCCGCACGUGGAAACCCACCCUCGUCAUCCUGAGGAUCAACCGGGCUGCUCGCUGUGUGCGCUGGGCCCCCCAGGAGAACAAGUUCGCUGUGGGUAGUGGCUCCCGUGUCAUCUCCAUCUGCUAUUUUGAGCAGGAAAAUGACUGGUGGGUGUGCAAGCACAUCAAGAAGCCCAUUCGUUCCACUGUCCUCAGCCUGGACUGGCACCCCAACAACGUGCUCCUGGCCGCAGGCUCCUGUGACUUCAAGUGCAGGAUCUUCUCGGCCUACAUCAAGGAGGUGGAGGAGCGGCCAGCACCCACCCCAUGGGGCUCCAAGAUGCCCUUCGGGGAGCUGAUGUUUGAGUCUAGCAGUAGCUGUGGCUGGGUGCACGGCGUCUGCUUUUCGGCCAGUGGCAGCCGUAUGGCCUGGGUCAGCCAUGACAGCACCGUGUGCCUGGCUGAUGCCGACAAGAAAAUGGCGUGCGCGACUCUGGCCUCUGAAACGCUGCCACUGCUGGCCCUGACCUUCAUCACCGACAACAGUCUGGUGGCAGCGGGCCACGACUGUUUCCCGGUGCUGUUUACCUAUGAUGGCACCACAGGGACGCUGAGCUUCGGCGGGCGGCUGGAUGUGCCCAAGCAGAGCUCGCAGCGCGGCCUGACGGCCCGAGAGCGCUUCCAGAACCUGGACAAGAAGGCGAGCUCGGAGGGCAGUGUGGCCUCGGGCGCUGGCCUGGACUCGCUGCAUAAGAACAGUGUGAGCCAGAUCUCGGUGCUCAGCGGGGGGAAGGCCAAGUGCUCCCAGUUCUGCACCACAGGAAUGGAUGGCGGCAUGAGCAUCUGGGACGUGAAGAGCUUGGAAUCAGCCUUGAAGGACCUCAAGAUCAAAUGACCCAUGAGGCAUAGGUGUCCCUCAUCCCAACUGCUGGGGGAGGGGGUCAGGGAGGCUAAGGAUUGCUUUGCUGAAUGUCUGUAGGGUAGCAGUCUGGGUCCCCCGGGGACUGCUCCAGCCGGGGGGGUGGGGGGGAGGGGAAGCUUUUCUGACCUACUGAAGGAACAGGUGCCUUUUUCUUACAAAGAGCUGCUUUCAUUUGUUAAAAACAAAAAUGUUCUCAAAGCACUGUGCUGGUCAUGAGCUGCAACAACGUGGGUGUAAUAAAAAAGCAAUCUUAGA